AUGGAUUUUGUUUAUCCACUAGGCAUUAUUGAUAAAACUGCACUCUUUGUGGCGAGAAACGGACUUUCGUUUGAAACCAGAAUUGUCGAAAAUGAGCGAGGGAAUCCAAAGUUUUCUUUUCUGCAGAUAACGGAUCCAUAUCGCCCAUACUACGAUGCAAAGGUGGUUGAGCUGCGGACACAGUCGCUCACCGGGUCUGUUCAACAGCCUCGAGAAAUGGAGCGCAAUUCACCAACUGAUUCAUUACCGACAAUCGCACCGACAAUUCCCAGGAAGACCCUCUCGUCAACGCCGACCAUCCCUCCACCUCGUUCGCUUGACUUUGCCAAGCUUUACUACUCAACAAAGGGGAUGGAAGGGACCGAAGAAAUUCUGCAGCCACCACCGAUGAGCAUUCUUAUGCGCCAGAUUAUCUCUCUUACUGCGCUAUUCGCCGCGCGAAAUGGCCGAGCCUUCGUUGGGAUGGUUGCCGAGCGCGAGGCUACAAAUCCACAAUUUGAGUUCCUAAAAAACACUUCGAUUCUCUAUCCUUUUUUUGCAAGACUAGUAGAGGCAUAUACCAGGUGCAUGGCACCAUCUGCAGCAUUAAUAUUACGGCUGUCUGAAAUGAGCUUCCAAGCGCGCGACCGAGCUCUUUUUCUUGAAACGGAUUGGAGUGACUUUUGUGUCGUCGAGCGGAUUGUACUUCCGGAGCGAUGGGCAGAUGCCCCAGAGACGGCUGCAUAUGCUGCACCGCUUGCUAUGAAUCUUGACCACUUUUGUGGACUGCCCCUAAUUCAGCAACGGCAGCUGAUCACCAAUCUGCUGCUCUCUGUUGGGUCGACGCCUCAACAAACGAUACGAUCUGUGACCCGUGAAGAGACUACAGAAAUGUCAAUAUCUUCUUCCUCCUCAGAAGAGGAAGAACCCAAGAUUGACAUUGCCUUAAAAGAGGAUGAUGCAGAGAUGGCCAUCUCAUCUGGAGACGAAGAAAUUGAGCAUGAAUAUCUCCCACGAGCCAUGGCUUUAAAGAACCUUUCUGCGGCGGCAUCUACGUCUCAAAUUUGUCCUCGAUGCAAGCAGCGUAUACCGAUCUCUGAAAUGGCUGAGCACGUCCGUCUUGAGCUACUUGAUCCAAAAUGGCGUGAGCAGGUUGAGAAGCAUCUGAAACGCAGUUCAGAAACGAACCUCGUUGAUUCCAGCUCGCUAUCCCAGAACCUUCAACGGUUAGUGCGCGAGCGCCCAGAUCUGUGA